AUGGCGGGCAACUCGCUCCUAGCUCCGACGGCAGGUGCUGACGGCGGGGCCAGAGGGCUCCGAGCCCUGGCCCCCGCCUUGUGGCAAGUGCGCUGGCCGCCCAAGUUCAAGCCGGAGAUGCCCCCGUGCUUCGACGGAGCGGCAGACCCAUCAGCCUUCCUGCUGGCAUACGAAGAGGCCGUCCUCGAGGCCAGAGGGGACGACAAGAUCAUAGCCAACUGGCUCCCCAUGGCCCUCGUUGGCGAGCCGCGCGCCUGGCUACUCAACCUCCCCGAAUCAACGGUGGCAUCUUGGGAGGAGCUGCGCGGUCUCUUCACUGUGCGCUAUGCAGUGCCGGCGCACCACGCAGUCGCGGCCCUGCUAGGAGGCUCUCAGGCGCCACCUUCAGAUCGCCACGCCAAGCCGUUCCUCCACCAGAUUGGCAUCCUUACCAUCAAGGGGGACGCCAAGGAGGCCCUGACGGCGCUUAAGCUCACCCACAAGGCCGCCGCGGCGGCACAGCCCGCCGGUGCGGGUGCCCCCGAGGCCAAGGGAUCCGCACCAGCCAAGAAGAAGGAGCUGUUCACCCAAGACAAGGCAGAAACCAAGCAAGUGUCGGUCGAUGAGGACGGGGCCUCAGGGGCCACCUUCACCAUAGGCCACCACCCCGAGCUCCCCGCUCCCCGUUUGCGCCUGCCUCGGUCGGCUCCGGCCUCCCGCCGGCUCCUGCGCCGCGCCCCCGCGCGGCCCUGGGCUCAUACCGGCAUCCUCCGCCGGGUGCCUGCGUGCUCGGCCUCGCCCGGCCGCCCCGCGCCCCGGCGGCGCAUCCAGGUCCUCCCCGCCUCAGCCGGCCACAGCUGCGCCCGGGCGACUCGCUUGGCCUCUGCUCCACCCGAGCUCCUCGCGAGCACCUCCCCCUCGCCUCCGCCUAGCCGGAGCGCCUCCGCCAGCCACCGCCUCCAGCCACCUGCGCGCCCGCGCCACGAGCUCAGCCUCCCGUCGCAGGCGCCGCUUGGCCCCCCGUCCAGCUUCGCGCGCGCCGGCCUCCCGCCCUCCACGCAACCCGGCCCGGCCGGCUCCGCGCCUCCCGGGUUCGGCUCCCCCCGCGCCGACUCGCCGCCUUGCCCGCCCGCCGGCUCCCGUGGGCCGGCGUCGCCUUGCCUCGGCCGCCUGGCCCCGCUAGCCGGCGUCCGCCUCAUCGCUCCUCCACGCAGCCGAGUGCCCCACGCCCGCGCCGGCUCCCCUCGCUCAUCGCCUGCUGGCUCCCGCCACUCGGCCGGCCCUCCGCCUGCCGGCUCCAGCGCGCCCGGCCGCCUGCCGGCUCCAGCGCACCCGGCCGCAUGCCGGCUUCGCGCGUCCCUGCCGGCUCCCCCCAACUCGUACGACCGGCUCCGCCGCUAG